AUGGCUGAUCAUGGGCUCCUAGCGAACAGUUCCAAACGAGGCCCGGCUCUGAGUGUAGCGCUCGAGAAUAGCAGUCCUUCUUCCGGAUCAUGGACGACCCCGUGGAGCCCGCCAUCGCAGCAUCGGCGCCGAGCUCGAGCUCGAACAACCUCCCCCACUGUCGCUACCAAGGGAGCUUCGGUCGAACCGCCAAAGCGCUCCUCGACCCGUUUCGCUACCCCUCCCCCGCCCGCAUCCGCAGGCGAUCGAGGCCGCCUCGAGGCCCGACAGAACAGCGACCGCGCCAACGUCAAAGCGGGUGACAUGCGGCAUGCGAGACGACCAAGCGACUUGUCUCGCUCUGCUGCCCUUGACACCAGUGCCGUCGAUAGCGCCCUACUCCGCGAGAUGCACAGAUCGCAACGCGAGAGCACGCCAGGUGCCAGUCCGUCGCGGAAGCGUCAAAGGAUAAACGGAGACAGGUUUAUCCCCUCACGAUCUGGGCAAGACUUGCAAGCAAGUUUCAACCUUUUGCACGAGGAUGGCUCGCCUGCGACGCCCUCGAAGCAGAAAAAACGCACCCCUCACGGCGAGCUGCACUUUCAGAAGACAACACCAUCCACUCCGCACAAGAACCUUUUCUCGUACAUGUCGCCACGUAACUUAAGUGCGGGCGGGCAUUUGACUCCCUCGAGAACGCCCCAGAGCAGGCACGGGCCAAACCUCGACACCCGUGCUGAGAUUUACAGCCUUUCACCCGUUCGCUUCAACAGCCAACAGAUGCUGCUGAGCCCUCGCAGGCAGCCCAGAGCUGUGAGCAAGGUGCCUUACAAGGUGCUCGAUGCCCCCGAACUCGCCGACGAUUUCUACCUGAACCUCGUCGACUGGGGAAGUGCCAACGUCCUUGGCGUUGGCUUGGGUUCCAGCGUCUACAUGUGGAACGCCCAGACGAGCCGUGUCAACAAGCUCUGCACGCUUGAAGAUGACACAGUGACGAGUGUUUCCUGGAUUCAAAAAGGCACUCAUAUCGCUAUCGGCACGGGCAAGGGGCUGGUGCAAAUCUGGGACGCGGAAAAGACUAGGCGUCUGCGAACGAUGACAGGACACACCGCGCGCGUCGGCUCCCUUGCUUGGAAUUCUCACAUCUUGAGCUCCGGCUCCAGGGACCGCUCCAUAUACCACCGAGAUGUGCGGGCUCCCGACCAGUGGCUGCGGAAACUGGUGGGACACAAGCAAGAAGUAUGCGGAUUGAAGUGGAACUGCGAAGACGGACAGCUGGCCAGUGGUGGAAACGAUAACAAGUUGAUGGUCUGGGACAAGCUGUCCGAAACGCCGCUCUGGAAGUUCUCAGACCACACGGCUGCCGUUAAGGCACUCGCCUGGUCACCGCAUCAGCGCGGUCUACUCGCGUCUGGAGGUGGCACGGCGGAUCGCCGCAUCAUAUUUCAUGACACAGUAAAAGGCUCGGUCAUCAACGAGGUGGAUACGGGAAGCCAAGUGUGCAACCUGGCCUGGUCGAAGAACUCGAACGAGAUUGUCUCCACACAUGGAUACAGUCAAAAUCAGAUUGUUGUCUGGAAGUAUCCCUCCAUGACGCAGGUCGCCAGUCUCACAGGGCACACGUACCGAGUACUCUACUUGGCUAUGAGCCCCGACGGCCGCGUGGUAGUCACCGGCGCGGGAGACGAAACCCUACGUUUCUGGAAUCUCUUUGGCAGAAGACCCAGCGCACGGGACGACGGCGAAGGCGGAGGGCGCCUCUCCGAGUGGGGCGUCAUUCGGUAG